GAAACAACACUGCAGCUCGUUCAUUUUGCAUCUCGCUGCAAUUACAACUACGGUAAAUUUGAGCGGCUUUAUGUAAUCUACAGUCAUUAAGCUUGAUUUUGGCGUUGUACGCAAUUUCCGAAGGAGGUCCUUUUCGAUUUAGCAUUCACGAUUCGUCCGCACGUCUGACGAAUAGAAAAGUUUUCCGGCCUGUGUGUAUGGCGAACACCGGAGGCAAACAUAUGUUGAUGACGGGUCUAGUUUAUCAGAGAGGAUCUGCGCUGCAAAGCGAUGACGGCUGAUCGGAGAGCUACUUCUUGAAAAAAAAUUUUUCUUCAGAGAUGCCGAAUCUGUCUUUCGGUGGCCCGAGAGAUCGCCCGCACUUUUAUCAAGUUCUUUCAUCAUUCUGCAUGGGUGAUUAUGCCAGUAACCUGAUAGAAAGUGAAGUCUGUUGCUUAAUUUACCGUCUAGAGGCUCUAUCUGUGAGCCAAUGAUGCAGACAACAAUGGCAGGAAGAGUGAUGUUGAUUCAUCAGCUGGUGAUGAAGGGCGAUUUAAAAGAGUUGAAGAAGGAGAUUGCAAAGGAUAUAGAUCUUUUAGAUGGCAAGAAUAGUGAGGGGAUGACACCACUUUUCCAGGCUACAAGCUGUAAUAACUUAGAGUGUGUUCAGUUCCUUGUUACAUCUGGUGCAAAUAUUGAUGCACGUGACAAUGUUGGAAGGACUCCAGUUGCUUUGGCAGCUUAUCAGGGCUGGCGGGCUGGUCUGUAUUACCUACUUGCAAAAGGUGCCAAUUGUUUGAUUGCUGACAAUGAUGGCAGACUUCCUCUUCAUGCAGCAACAUACUUCAGCAAUGAAAAGUCUCUUGAAGUUCUGCUGCAGCAUUUGUCACUUCAAGAUGUGGAUGUUAGAGACAAUGAGGGAAUGACAGCACUUCACUGGGCUGCAUUCCAUGGCAGGACAGGUCAUGUUAGAUUGCUGUUGGAAAAGAAAGCUGAUCUUCUGUCACGAGACACAGCUGGAAAAUUACCUCUCCACUGGGCUGCUCAGAAUGGCUAUGUAUCAACCUGUCAAGUGAUGCUUGAAAUGUGCGACAGUCACAACCUUGUCAAUGGAAAAGACUUCUCAGGACGGUCACCCAUUCACUUAUCAGCUGCAGCAGGACAGUACUAUGUCCUUGUUGAACUGACUGCUGUCCCAUUUGCAAAUAUUGAAGCCUUGGAUAAUGAUGGCAGAACUCCUCUUCACUGGGCAGCAGCUACUGGGCAUGCUGAUUGUGUUGCUCAUUUGCUGAGACUUGAAAGUGACAAGGAAGCUGAAGACAAACAUGGUGGAACUCCGUUACAGUAUGCUCAACAGGGACACCACUCUGUCUGCUCUCAGUUGUUAAUGGCUCAUGAUCCUAAAAAUCCUCUUGCUACAGAAGUACCAAUGAGAAAAGGUUCACCUACAGAAAGUCUUCCUCUUCCUGAAAAUAGUCGAUGUGGAUCAGAUGGUGUCCAGCUUUUUAAUCAAAUCCAUGAUGGAGUAACAAAUGGUUUUGAUUCUCAGCUUCAAACAGAUCCCAGUGAUUCAGAGGUGCAAGAAAUCCUUGGCAACAGUACGACAACUGUACAAGUUCUUGUGGAAAUGAACCGAGAAGAAGAGGAUGGCACAGAAACAGGGGACAUGGUUUCAUUGCUGCAUGAUGUUAGUGCAUGGCCCAGUAUUACACCCCCGGCAUCACCCUAUUUCCUUCAUCCCAACUUGAAUGGAGAGCGUGACACAGGCGGCUACAGCAGUGAGGAGGACAGUCGCUACCCCCCACAGAUGGCUCUCACACCCAUACCAUCCUCACCCGUACCCCCAGAGGAUGGCAAGCACAGCAAUCCAACAAGACCACCCAUCUUGCCAAGAUUUAGUUUUGAGGAUCAAGCCCCCAUUAUAAGACCUUCAGGCGCUCCAGUUCCUGCCCUUGCACCUAUCAAAUCAAAGACAAUGCCUGAAAGGUUACGACUGGACAACUACAAACCCACCCCGCUGAAACCAGUAGAAAUGAAGCCACCCUCCCCAUCCACAGAGUUACUUUUGGCACCACUGAAGAUAGCUAAAGCAAAACAAAGCCCCGUACCAGUGAAUGCAAAAACGCAGCAUUCGAGUCCUACUACAGGUAGUCCGAGAGAAGCGGGGACUCCAGAUAAUAAUGACAUAUACUGGGCGCGUAAAGGAAAAGUGAAGGCUGACACGCUCACACUUAACACUGUCAGUGAUAAUUUGGAGUCAGAUUUAUACCGUAAGGUGAAAGACAAGCGUCCUUCCGCAGCUAGUGCUGCUGGCCAGAUCCUGCCUGCAAUCUCAGACAAAUCGAGUCACGUGACCCAAGUUCAAGGAUCCAGGCAGGAUCAGUUAGAGGCAAAAAAGAAACACAGGAGAAGAACUUCGAAAAACCGUAGUAUUCCAGAAGAUUUAGAUGUAACGGACGGGUUUGUCGAAGAGACCGUUGAAGAAGACGCCAAGUCAAACAGAAGUGUAGGAAAUUUGAAAGAAAAACCGAAGAAAAAGAAGAAAGUACGGAAAGUUAUGAGCUGGAACUUUUGAUGAGAAUAAUUGUAGAGAUGUCUUAAAAAUGCCCAAAGACACUUAGUGGCACACGGCCUCAGGUACAUCUACUUGUAGAGCUCAGAGACACGGCGGAUAUAUGUCCCUGUGGGGGGGGGGGGGCUUCAAACAGAUGGAGCUUAGCCUCACGAAAACGAGGCGAACAUGCUAGGGCCCCUAACACAUUUUCAGAGCCCCCACUCCCUUACCCCAUACUUCUCUUUGUUCCGACUCGAAGAACGAGGAGUAGAAUGAGAGGGAUUACCAUGAGCGAAAGGAUUAAACUCCUUUUCACGUGGAAAGUGUAUUACAUGAUCAUCGAUUUUGUCAGCCUUGGUAUGAGAUGCCGUAAAUGAUUAGGGGCUGCUCAUGACCUUUCCUAUUUUUGCGCUUGUUUGAUAACAUAGAGCAUUCAUAUUCUGCGCAGACUACGUGCCUUUAGAAGGUAAAAAUACAAGAAAGACUUUACUAUUAGAGAUCGCUCCUAGGUUAUCGCCAGGGAAGGGGAGAGGGGGGUUAAGCUGAACGGCAUGUUCUUUUGACGACUGUACAACUGCUGAGCUUCUUAAAUGAAAUUUUAGCUUUAAGGGGGGGGGGGGGGUGGGUCCUUCUCAACUACAUGGCCAGUUGCUAUUGAAAAAAUUUACGGCCAUAUCUUCCGUUCCAGAACGACAUGCUUUUCUGCAUAAAAUGUAAAUAAUCUCCUUUAAAAAUUAUUUUAAUUACCCUUUGAGACACGAAAACUUUUCACACUUGCCGCCAAUUUUUGUGGUCGGUCGCGGGCUGGGACUUCUCACGCGAGAGUACCACUGACAAUUCUUUGGCUUAAUUUGUUCUUAGCAACAGCACUUGUAUUUACGAAGGACCCCUCUCAAAUAAAUAUCUUCUGCAUUCUACCAAUACAUUAGGAUUGACUGAACCUUUCAGUGAUCCGUGGCCUGCAUAUUCAGGCUCCUGAAUUAGGCAAGAGGGGAGAGGAGAGAGGUUGAAUGGGAUAAAAGUGUUGACUGUCAUUGGCGACUGCUCCUCUCUCCGACCUUAUCUUAUCAACAAAUCUUACACUCCCACCCCCUCCCCCACCGGCGAUAAAUUAUAGCUUCUUUCUUCAGGGAAGUCAUUUUAUUUGUGAUGUACCUCUAUGCUGUCUCACAUACAACUAAUUACAAAGAGCCUUCUAUCAAUGGACAACAAAAAAAUAAUAAUCCUCGCGAUAAACUAUUUUCGACGUAAAUAGCAAACCAUUUCUUGUGAUUUAAAUUUCCUAUGGAGCUCUUAAGAAGUAAACGAGGGGUGCGCAUAGUCUCGUUUUUAAACCUUUCACGGCCAAGCCGUUCCAGUUACAUGGUAGGAUCUAGGGUGUGCGUCCCAUAACUAGGUUUUACCAACCGCACACAGAAGUUCAUUAGAACCAUUGCAGUCCAAUGAAAAUGAUCAUAACUGUUGUAUAAAUUUAUACUAUUUGUCAGAUGUUGAAAUCAUUUCAUAUUUUAUGAAAGAAUGAAUGCUUAACGACCAAACAAACCAUACGUUUUAAAUACUAAUCAUGAACGAUUUCAAUUUGUAUAGGGUUGAGCGAAGUAUUUAUUAUGAAUCGAUGUAGAUAUAUUUUAAGACAACGGAUAAGUCGAAAAAAAUCCUUAAAAAAUUGCAAUCUCGUCCCCAUGGCCUUUUCCCUUACUUGGGGGUGGGGUGGGCUACCCCCAAGUAAGGGAAAAGACCAUGGGAACGAGGCUGAAGAAAAUUGGUCAAGGUAAUUGUCGGGAUCAAUGUUAAUAUCUGAGAAAAUGCGCUUCCACAAUUCCCCUAACGCAGCUUUAGGGGAAGGGGUAGGUGUGCAUUUCCUUUGACAUUGAUGCAAAUGUCGCCUGUGUCAGGAGAUGGGCUCCUGUCUUUGUCUUGCUCCUCCGAAAACAUAAAUGUACGUGGAAUGUUUUGGACGAAAUAUGUUUCCUUAUGAUAACUGUGCUUUUCGUUUCAUUUUGAAAAAUUUAACCGUCCUCGUUAACGAGCUGUUACCACGGCUCUUUUUAUGAUGUGUUUUUAUUAUGUGUGAGAGAAAGAUUAAUGACUUUGGUAACAAGGCUAUUAUCGAUAUAUUCGGUAACUGAGCUAAUGGCUUCAAAUUUAUUUAAUAAUUUAAUUGAAUUCUAUAAUACAGAUAUAAAAUAUUUAUUAUGAAAGCAAUAGACGAUUUUAUUAAUUUAUCAGACAUUUAUAACAAUUGAUUAAUUUAUUUUUAGAGAUAUAUUAUGAUGUACAAAUGAAAUCAGAAGUACAUAUAUAAGUAUACUUCAUGUACGUGACCAACUAAUUUGCUAGUCAGCUGUUAACAAAUAUCGUCAAGAAACAUUCCAAAAUCUGUGACGCCUGUGUAGGUUUAUUAUUCUUUUCGCAGAACCGUUUGGGCUGGUCUCUUACCCUUUUUAGUGCUUCGGCGCAGUCGUUUUCUCGCCUGCGGGAAAUUCUAAGGCCUUUGGCAAAGCGAGUCGGCGACAGGUUUGCAAGCGGUCUAGCACUGAAAAUAUUAGGGCCAGAUCCUCGGCAAACUUAUCGGCGAC